GACACUUGGCAGCAGUUAGCUAAUCAAAACACUUCCAAGUGAACAAAGCAGCGAUGAACCGACAAGCAUUUAAUGGGACGUCUUCGUCACUGAACUUUUCCACAAGGACUACAGGUAAUGGAUGCUCUCACACAAGUCUAGGAGAAGAAGACCUGGACACUCUACGCUUUGAGCUUACAAAGACAGAGGAUGAGAUUCAGACGUUGAGGCAGGUUCUUUUGGCAAAAGAAAAAUAUGCAGCAGAUAUCAGGAGGCAGCUUGGAAUGAGUCCCCUCAGCAGCAUGAAACAGAAUCUGUCCAAAGGUUGGCAGGAAGUCCAGACCUCAGCUCCAUAUCUCACAGCCUCUGCCACUCUGGAGGACAUCAGCAAGUCCAACGUAAUUGUGAGGACACGAGAUGGUCUGUCUCAAGCAGGCCAGGUGACAUCUGCUGCCCUGUCCAAUGUGGGCGUGGCCAUCACCAGAAGACUGGCACAGAUGAGGGCCCUGCCUCUCCCGAGCUCACCACGCACCCUGAGCCACACUAUAAGUGUGCCAUCCAUGAGACAUUCCUCUACAUUCAAGUCCAUUGAAGAAAUCGUUGGCAGUGUGAAGGAUAAAGUGACUGGAGGAGUAUCAAACACUGAAGGGACCUCUGGAUUCGAAAAAAGAUCUUUACACAACCAGCCAAACCUGAAAUAA